GACGCUAUCCUUCUUGCUAUUUUUACAAAUAAAGAGCGCUUCACUUCUUGUCUCGCAGUUAAACUGUAAAGAUCAAAUAAAAUCAUUUAAACAGUUUGUCAUCAAAUUUUUCGUAAUUUUGAAAAUAAACAUGGUCCUUCUACAGCCGGAUAUGUAAUUUCGUAUGUCGUAGUGAAAUAGUGCGUGUUCGCGACGAUUUAAUCAUUUAUUUCAAUUCGUGGUAAGAUUUUGCUACUGUUUCGUGUGUAUCAAAAGUUUAUUUGUACCUACAUACCUAUGUCUUCCGAAACGGGUGAUAAGUCUGAUUCUGAUUCAGUAAAGAGCCGCGAAACUAUGGAAAGUGAAACCAAACGCGAGUAUGUUGCCGAUCAAAUUAAUCCUGAUCAACCGAUAUAUAAAUCGUUGAAAAUAUUGGAAAUUCGUGUCGUUUGCUUAGAAAAAAGCUUCAAUUUUGGUGAAAUUCUCGACGCGGAUAGUGCCCAAUGCGAUCUCGACGAGCUGAACUCCAUCAAAUCGCGUAUUGACGAGUUGUUUGAAUCUCAUUUUCAUGAGCAGCUGAUUUCGAUCCAACAGAAUUUCGAUCAACGAUGCCGAAACUUAAGAAACAGGUAUAUGCAAAUUAUUUCUCGUAAAAGGCGCAGUGAGACCCCUCUUGAUUCGAAUUCGGCGCCUCCGAUGAAGCUGCCUGCGCUAGAAGUGCCUCAUUUCAGUGGUGAUCUUCAUAAAUGGGGAUCGUUUAAAUCUCGUUUUCUCCAUCUUGCCGCGGAUAAGCGCAUCGCAAAUGAUGAGAUAAGUAAGCGACAGUUUUUAUAUCAAGCAUUAGAUGGCGAUGCUAAAGAUAUGGUUGAAAAUCUCCGAGAUAGUCCGUUCGAAAAAAUAUGGGAUGUUUUGGUCAAGUUUUAUGACGAUCCAUUUCGCCGAGCCAAGUCGCAGUAUAAGCAGCUUUUCGUUGAAAAAUCAGCCAAUACUUUACGUCAGCGUUUGGUGUCUUAUCGUCAGCAUACUGCUGGUUUGAAGUUGGCGUGUUCCGAGUUCAACAUCGACCCAUUUGAUCUGGUGACCAUCGCUCACUUCUUAGAUGAUCCACAAACGAAUAAUACGGUGCGUUUGCAAUGGGAACGCCAAACAACAGCGAAUCCAGAGUCCUGCACACUCGAUGAAUUUCUAAAUUUCCUCGAACGGGAAGCUACUUCCUGUGACAGAGCGUUUGAUCGAGGUCAAAAACCUUAUGGGAAAGGCCCAAAGUUCCAGAAAAAUGCAACGAUGAAAUCAGGCAAAACUCAAGGCCACACCAUGGUGCAGCAGCAGUCCAAACCAACGUUAAAGAAGAAACCACCCUGCGUUUUGUGUUCCGGUGAGCAUUACUUAAAUCAGUGCGACGAGUUCAAAAGGAAAACUCCAGAUGAGUGAAUCAAAUUCGUUGGCGAGCGUCGAUUGUGUCAAGUAUGCUUCAAGUCAAGUUGCAAAGGUGCCACAGAGAAGCCCGCAGCGUGUCCGAUGAAACAACUGCAUUGCUAUCGGUGUAAAGGAACUCAUCAUUCCUUAGUUCAUCGUUUUGGUCCACAACAAAAUCCGCAGACAGAUGGGUCCAAUAAUAUUGUAAUAGCGGAUAACACAGAGAAAAGUUAGGUGCGAAAAUAUAUCAAA